AUGGUUCGAUUCUUGUCGAAGCUGCCGCCGCUGGGACGGGUCGGGCUCCGAGUCCGCAGUGCGGGCCUGGCGCGGCCGCUCUUGCAGCGGGCAUGCCUGCCAGCUCUCCAGUGCCGAGGGCUGCAGCAUGGCGUGGGGGUCUUGGAGCCGCCGCGCUUCGUGGAGGUUCCCAUCGUGCAGGAGUCGCAGAGCGAGCUCAUGCAAGACAUGCCGGACCUGGUGCUGGGGGGGCAUGCGCAGAACUACAAGCAGGAGAAUCCUUAUCGGGGCGUGCCGCUGGACCAUCCAGUGGACGCUGCUGAGGCCCGCACAGCUGCUGCGAAAGAGGAAGGAUUCCCGGAGCCGCUCUUCGGCCGGCUGCCGAACGGAGUGAAGAUCAUCGCGGUGGAUAGACAGGGCCUCUGCUCUUCCUUGGGCCUCUUCGUCCAAGCAGGAAGCCGCUACGUCUCGGCCGAGGAGGCGUGUCUGCCUCACAUGCUCGAGCUGACGGCGUUCCGGUCUUCGGCGCACUUGACGCAUCUCCGGACGCAGAAGACGCUUGAGCAGCUCGGAGCCGCUGCGUCUUGCCGGGUCGGCCGGGAGGAUGUCCUCUACCAGGUCGAUGUGCUGAGGGAGUAUGUGCCCGUGGCGCUGCCCCUGAUGUUGGCCAACGUACUUUGUCCUCUGGUGCUUCCGGAGGAGGUCGCAGAGACUCAGCAACAUGUUCCGGAGCUGCAGCAGAUGCUGGAGGAGUCCCGGCCAGGCUUCACUCCGAAAGCUACUGUAGCCCGUAGCUGGGCCUUUCCAAGAGAGGAGAAGCCGGAGAGCUUUGUGGUGGAGCUGCUCCAUGCCGGGUUCCCAGUCCCGGCGCCAUUCCUCACCUUCGCAGACCCCACGGAUCCCAAAACCGAGAUGAAAUGA